ACUGUCUUUUGUCUCCCUGGCAACAUACAAUAGAGGAAGUUUACAAAGCACUGACCUGCCCACUUUUACCUGCUACUAUGUCAGCAUAUCAACCCUUGAGCCGUUACAGGUUUGUAGGAAGUAGAGUGAGACGCGACAUGGAGGCAGACUUGCUGCUGGGGAACUGAACUAAUUUGCUGUUUUCACGACUAACAAAACAAGUACAGUACUUCAUGGUCAUGGAUACAAUCUUUGCUACCCUGGCUUGUUACCUCAUGGCCCUGUCUAUUGCUGUGGCACAAACAGAAAAUAGGAAUUUGACUACCACACCUACAAUAACAAACCCUGACUUCAACCUGACACACACGACUACAGUGGUAACCCCAUCUAACUCGACUGCACAUGUAACUGUUAUCUCAAACCUGACUGAGAGCACCACGGCAUUUACCAGCACAACACGGCAGAAUGAAACAUUCAGCGAAACUACAGCAACUACAACUGAGAGCACAAGUCAUUUCAAGACUUCUCAGUCAACAACCAUCAUGACUUCUCUAACAAAUAGUACAUCAGUGAUGACUACAACUGGCACUCACACUUCAACAUUUACUGCACGUACAACGCCAGCAAAGCAGACCACAGAAGGCUACAUAAGUACACCUGUUACUUCAAAUUCAUCUCACACUGUCAACACAACUGCAGAUACAAUGGACAGAACCACACAAGGUUUGGGACUAAACAUUUCAGAAAGGAAUAUGACUAUUCUCUUCAGCGUUGUACUUGGAGUGUUUGCUACGGCAUUGGUUGUGUUCAUGUACCACAGAUGCAAACACAAAAUCCAAUACUUCCAUCAGCCUCUUGACAACACUGAGGACACAGAUGCAUUUGUGGCAGACGAUGACACACUUGUAAUUUCUGGAGGACUUUAUGAUGGUCACCCAAUAUACGACAAUGUACCAACAGUCCCAGCAGACCAAUCUCAAUUCCGUCUUGAGUUCCUUCAUUAAGGAGAGAGAGGUCCUUUGCUGCUCGAUAGGCAUGGACAAAACCAAUUUUCUUCAUCUCCCAAUUAGUGCAAUUUCAAGAUGGAAAUUUCACCCCUGUGAAAUUAUAAAUCUUCAUGAGAGGCUAAUGGGAGGAAGAGAAAAUGACGAUGGGCAGAACAUUUAAACAAGGACAAUGCUGAUUGAUUUGAACAUCACUUUUACUUAUAUCACUGCCAAUACUAAGAUACAUAAAUAUAUUACGGUAAAUAUAUUUAGAUAGUAAUACAUAACAACUACACCUUUUCCCACAUCAAUGUUCAUCAAAUACACAUAUGCAGAAUGAAUGAGAUUUCAUGUGAAUACCAGUAAGGAUAAAUAAUUCCAUAAAACAGCACUACAUCAAACAGAUUUUUUUCUUCUCAGUACUUAAAGCAUAGAGGGUGAUUCAACACUCUUAAAAGUCACUUAAAAGUUACCUCAGAACCCCAACCAAAAACUUGCUAAACAAGCUGGAGUAUGAAUACUUAAAUAUUUCUACUGUUUUACUAUUUCUACUUUUUAGCUGAUCCAUAACAAAACCAUAUAAGCAUGUUAAAAAAUACAUUUGCCUUUUUGAUCCCUAACAGUACUAUAUGCAUGUUAUGAAAGUUGGAAUAUGAACACCUAAAUCUGUCUAAUGCUGUUUUUAUCACUCUUUAUCUGACCUUUACCAGCACUAUUUAUCCAAAUAUCUUCUCAUUGGUCUUCUUCUUUUUUUUGUCCCCACCAGUAACAGCAGUCCAACCAGCAUCUCUCAUCCUUUUCAUUGCAGCUAGCUUCAAGGAGUUCCCUGGUGAUUUAUGAGUGACAGGGCUCUGGAUCUGAAAUCAUUUGUAACUUUAUUUUUUAUAAUAUUAAAUAAAAAUUACCAGGGA